GACUUGGAGCGACGUGAGACUAUGCGUGUGACGUCACGGUGCGUAGCGGCGGCGCUGUGUGAGGAAGGAGCCGAGGGAGUGCGCUCUCGGUGCGACUCCAUUAAUCCUUGCCCGUUACCCCGGCUCUGUGGCUGUCCGUGUUAGCGACCGGAUCCUUCGUACUGUCCUUACGUCUCUCCGCCUCCCGGGGAGGCCUCGAAGGUCGACUGGCCUGCAUGCGAUGGGAGCUCUACCAUGUCAGCCGAGACUGGGCUUGGUACACGUCUGAGGGCCACUUCUGGAAUGGGUGACGGAGUUGAAGGGGCUCCGAUGUCUGGGGCCCCACAGCCAGCACCUCUUCCACAUCAGCCGCCGGUUCCUCAGUUACUUAACCCUCCUCCUCCAGAAACUACAAGACCAGGCCAAUCUAAGCGACAGACCAACCAAUUACAGUACUUAUUGAAAACCGUGCUGAAGACACUAUGGAAGCACCAGUUCGCUUGGCCGUUUCAGCAACCUGUGGAUGUAAUCAAACUUAAUCUGCCUGAUUAUUAUAAGAUUAUAAAGAUCCCAAUGGACAUGGGCACCAUUAAGAAGCGUUUGGAGAACCAUUAUUACUGUAAUGCCCAGGAAUGUAUCCAGGAUUUCAACACAAUGUUUACAAACUGCUACAUCUAUAACAAGCGUGGAGAUGAUAUAGUUCUGAUGGCUGAAGCCCUGGAGAAACUUUUCCUACAAAAGAUUUCAGAGAUGCCCCAGGAAGAGGCCGAGUUGUCCAUUGUUCAAAGUAAAGGACGUGGCCGAGGGCGGCGGGAACCAGGUGACUGGAAUACAGAAGGAGAUGCCACAGUCAUCCCUAUGCGGACUCGGGUCCCAUCAAUUAACCAAGGAGACAAGACCCCUUCAAAACCUUCAGUCACAGCUGUCUCCAAACCUGCGACCUCUACCGCUCCCGUUGUGACCCGGGUACCUACGCCUCCACAGACCCGCACCCCACCUGCCCGCACUCCUGCCAUCACACAAGCUCCCCUUACGUUUUCACCAACAGUAACUCAGGACCUGGUGGUGCCCACAACAAUACCUGCUGCUGUUGUUCCUCCUCCUCCACCACCACCACCACCACUUCCUCCUCCUCCUCCUCCUCCUGUACAGAGUCACCCAUCCAUCAUCCCGUCUACCACCCCCCAGCCCGUAAAGGGGGGAAGAACGAAAGGGGUAAAGAGGAAAGCCGAUACUACGACCCCCACUGCCCAUGACCCGCUGCAUGAGUCCUCUCCUCUUCCUAGUGAGCCUAAGCCACCUAAGGCUGCACCACGAAGGGAGAGUGGUCGCCAGGCCCGCCCUGUAAAGAAGACUGAGGUGCCUGACUCCCAGCUUCCUGCACCUCCUAUUCUACACACCCCAACAGCUCCUCCACCUGUCCCCGCCAGCAGCAGCAACAAGAUCUCUGAGCAGCUACGUUACUGUUCCGGCAUUGUCCGUGAAAUGUUUUCCAAGAAACACACGGGUUACGCCUGGCCCUUUUAUAAACCUGUGGACGUGGAGACUCUUGGAUUGCAUGACUACUGCGAGAUUAUCAAGCAUCCCAUGGACCUGAGCACCAUCAAGACGAAGCUGGAGAAUAUAGAAUACCGGGACCCCCAGGACUUUGCCUCUGAUGUACGGCUCAUGUUUUCUAAUUGUUACAAGUACAACCCUCCUGACCACGAGGUGGUGGCCAUGGCCCGCAAACUGCAGGAUGUGUUUGAAAUGCGAUUUGCCAAGAUGCCAGAUGAGCCAGAGGAAGCACCAGCCCCAGCACAGUCACCCACCCCUGGUCCCCCUGCCCCUUCCAUCAAAGGCCCCACUCACACUUCCAGCGAUAGCAGCAGUGACAGCUCUUCUGACAGCGAGAGCAGCUCAGACAGUGAAGAGGAGAGAGCACAGAGAUUAGCGGAGCUUCAAGAGCAGUUAAAAGCUGUACACGAGCAGUUAGCGGCCCUGUCUCAGCCACAGCCAAAUAAACCAAAGAAAAAAGAACGUGAGAAGCGGAAGGAAAAGCACAAAAGGAAGGAAGAGGUAGAGGAGCCACGUAAGAACAGAGUCCGGGAACCUCCAGCUAAGAAACCCAAGAAAAGCAUGCAAGGUCCGGUGGGAACACCAAGCAUAAAGAAAGAGCCUACCCCACCAGUAGCACGUCCAGCCAGGCCUGCACCACCUCCUGCACCCUGCGAGUCUUCAGAAGAAGAGCCACAGCGAUGCAGACCUAUGUCUUAUGAGGAAAAGCGACAGCUGAGCUUGGACAUAAAUAAGCUUCCUGGGGAAAAGCUGGGUCGUGUAGUACAUAUAAUCCAGUCUCGGGAGCCAUCGCUUAAGAACUCCAAUCCAGAUGAGAUUGAAAUAGACUUUGAGACCCUCAAACCGUCCACACUGCGAGAGCUGGAGAGAUAUGUCACCUCUUGCCUAAGGAAGAAGCGGAAACCACAGGAUAAAAUAGAGGCUCCCACUUCUGUCUCUGGUAAAGUGAAAGGUUUCUCAACUUCUGAAUCAGAAAGUUCUAGUGAAUCCAGCACAUCAGACAGUGAGGAUUCCGACCCAGAGACAGCCCCAAAACAGAAGAAGAAGAGUCACUCAGGGAGAGAGUCUAGAAAGAAUCACCAUCAACCGCAUCCUCCACAGCAGUCUCUUGCCCCGCCUCCUAAUGUUCUCAAGCCACCUUCCCCUAUUCCCCCACCCUCAUACCCCCCGCCUCCCAGCCUAGAGACUUCCCACCCAUCUCUCCAUCACCCCCUGCAUCCCGCUAGUGUUUUUGAAGCAGUUACUGCUCACUAUGGGCAGGCUGGCCUGCACCUACCGCCACCUGAUCUUCCAUCGCACCUCACAGGUGGUCAGCCAGAACGCUGCUCUCCUCCUCAUCUCAACCAACAUGCCCUUGUUAGUCCUCCAGCUCUGCACAACACCAUGCCCCAGCAACCCUCGCGCCCCUCCAAUCGUGCAGCUGCCCUCCCCCCUAAACCUGUUAGACCACCAUCUUCCUCACCACCACCUCCUCAAACGCAUCACCAACCUCCCCCUCAUCCCCACCACCAUCAUGCACAGCCCCCUCAUGCUCUUUUAGAAGAUGAUGGUCCAUCUUCUCCUAGUGAUGAUCUUUCUCCCUCCCCUCUUCAGCUUGGCUCUGCACAUAUGGCUCUUUACCUGCAGCAGCUCCAGAAAUCACAGCAGCCACCUGCCCGGUCUCCGCUCCAGCCACUCCUUACCUCUGUCAAAGUGCAGAACCAAGCACCUCUGACUGCUCCAUCACAGUCAGUGCGGCACCUCCAGAACCUGCCUUACCCUUCUUCCUCUGUUAGCACUGCUCCUCCUCCUCCUCCCCCUCCCCCCUCAUCCCAUGUGCACCAGUUGCAGACACCACCUGCAGCCUCCCAGCAACAACCAGCCGUGCAGGUACCUCCCCCACCCCAGCAGCAACACCCGACUCUACAAAGCACGUUGACUGCUCCACACCAACAACUUGUGCAGCACCAGCAGGCUAAGCCACAACAGGUGAUCCAACACCACCAUCCUUCACCACGGCAACAGAAACCAGAACCGUAUCCUGGAGGUUUUUUCCCCCCACUUACUGGCGUGUUUCCAGGUCAUAUGCGGGAGGCGCCGUCUCCUCUCCUCCUCCAUUCGCCUCAGGUUCCUCCAUUUGCAGGCCUGGCACACCCACCCUCACCGCAAACUGGGCAGUCUAAAAAGCAGGAAAUGAGAGGUUCAUCAGUGUUGCAGCCUCAGCCUCUGAUUGUGAAGGAAGAAAAGCGCCAUUCACCCUCUUUGCGCCCAGAACGCUUUUCCCCUGGCCUGAGGAGUGAAGCCCACAAACUUUCUGAGUCUCUAAAAGUUUCCAGCCAUAUACCAUCACGGCCAGACAUGAAACCCAUUGAUGGAGGACGUCCUGUAAGACCCCCUGAUCAGGGCAUCACGUCUCAAGUGGUACCUGAGAAAGAGAAGCAAAAACAGGAGCCAAAGACACCUGUGGCCCCCAAAAAGGAUCUAAAAAUUAAAAACAUGGGCUCUUGGGCCAGUCUGGUGCAGAAGCCGCCGGCCACCCCAACUGCAGCUGGGAAGUCAUCCAGCGAUAGCUUUGAGCAUUUCAGACGCGCGGCUCGAGAAAAGGAAGAAAGGGAGAGAGCGCUGAAGUUGCAGGCUGAGCAAGCAGAAAGGAUGCGCAGAGAGCAAGAGAGAAUGAGGUCUCGGGAAGAUGAUGAUGCGCAGGAGCAGGCCCGGAAAGUGCACGAAGAUGCGCGUAGAAGACAAGAGCAACAACAGCAUGUGCAGAUUGCUCUUCCUACAGCUCCUCCCCCUGCACAGAGCUCUCAACCAAUCAUGGAUCAGAGAGAGAUGGAAAGGAAGAGAGAAGAGGAGAGAAGACGACGACGGGCGAUGACCCCCUCCAUAGACAUGAAUUUUCAGAGUGACCUAAUGGAGAUAUUUGAGCAGAACUUAUUCUCUUGAGACUUCAAUCUUCUCACCGUCACCUCCUCCACCACUUUACUCUCCACAGCUCAAUUCCCUGAUCUUCACUUUUUUUUGUUUUUUCUUUUAAAUGUCACUAUGGGGCAAAGGGACACCAACCCACAAGAGACGCUGACGUUUGUCCUUCAUGUGUUUUUAUCCCAGCCCUUGUACACUGAAACACGGAGUUUCCAGAAGUGAUGAUUGAAAGUGAGGAGAUGUACGGCUUAAGUUUGGAUUCUUGUGCAGUAAAUGCUCCAUAUGUCACCCCCUUGUGUAGAGCGACUUGGAAGAGCACAGACUCUUGGGGGGUGUUAGUGGUGACCCAAAGUCUCUGUAACCCCCUUUUCUAUGAGAAGUGGGGAGGAGCACUCUGCAGUGAAUGAGGUUCACACACGAGACAGGUGUUUGGGUACAAUGCAAAAUGUGCUUGAUUUGUGUUAGGGCUGAGAGGGCUGCAGAACAUUGCUCAUUGUGUGUGCAAACAAAUCCCUACUGCGAGUAGGGAUUUCUGGUGUAUAUAAUCCAAUUGGUCUGUAGGCAACUUGCAGCUGUCGGGGUCCCAUUUAGCCUUGUUUAUAUAUCACGUCAUUCAUACACUAUUCUGCCAUUGCACAUUAAGUUUAAUUGUUGGGUUUGGAGGAGAGAUGCAUAGCAAACGUAUGUCUAAAGUAGAACAUGCAUGUUUCAUGCUAUAGAAUGUAUAUGUAAGUGCGGAGCAAUUUUUUUUUUUUUUUUUUUUUUUUAACAUUGCGGAUGUAUAUUAUGGCUUAAAUAUGAAUUGCAAAAAUAAUAUAUGAUCCACCACAAGAAACAUGUUGGUUACUAAUUUUGACAUUAGCUGGAUUUUAUAUAAAAAUUGUGCCAUCCCGUUGUUGAACACAGAAUGCUCUGCACAUAUCUAUGCAUUUUCUAUAUGUGCUAUUAUGCAUGCAUCACGUUCUGUGCCUGAUCUUACAAUGUUGGCUGCAUUUCAUAUACCAUUGUUUUAGACCCAUCUAUUUUUGUACACACAUUUCUAUGUGCCUGCAAUGAUUGUACUACCUUCUCUCCCCCUAGCAGCUGUACAUCCUGUCCUUCAUGUUGUGUGUGUGUGCGCGUGUGUGUCCUUGUACACCCAAAUUGCUCUUGAAACUCAGGUAUUAAUUCUCUUCUAUAUGGAUGCCGAAACUGCUUAGAAUACGUACAGUAUACAAAUAAUCAUACUCAAAUAGAACUAAACAUGCAGACACAUUAAACAUACUGCACUUCUCGUCACUGCUUUGUAUAUUGCUUUACGUGUAUACAUGCUGAUGAGCUGUAUAUGAAAACAUACGUGUAGUUGCAUGGAUGAUAUAUAUGUAUUUUUUUUUAGACUUUGUUAUGCUCCCUGUUCUACAUAGUUUUCUGUUGGGCUGGCCAUUUCUUUGUAUUGCUCCCUUCACCAGCUGCUGUUGCAUAUUGUCCCUACAUCAUCUUGCCCAGCAGGUCUGCUUGCAUCGCUGUUUUGCAUCCUACAGAUUAGGGCAGUGCUGUCUGUGUCCACACUGUUCCGCUUUGGCUGCCAGGCUACAUGUGGUACCCUUGGUUCUGACGGGAUGGUCCAUGCUUUAGUUUUGCAAAUGGCUUGGUGUAGAACCAGGGUUAGGGUUAAAACUGUGCUAGUGGCCUCUGAGGACUGUACAUGUCUUGGCAGCAUACAUACAAUAUGUUUAAUAUACACUGUAACAUCUUCUACAUCGUACAUGUAAAGAGAGCUCCCCACAAAUGAUCAUAUGACUCAUGUCAUGCUGGGAAGUCUUGGGAGUCCAGCCGCAGAUGUACUUAGUGCAUUGAGCUGCUCGCACACAAUAUAAUACUCUGCAGGACCCCUACGCCGUCACUCUAUAGGCACUGAAGUAAUGCCAAGCAGCUGUACCAGCCGUAUGUGUAGUGUGCCCUGUGAGUGUGCGUGUGUGUGUGUGCGCGUGUGUAUGUGUGUGAGAGAGCGUGUGUGUUUGGUGGGGAGGGAGAGGGAUCUUUAAUUGUUCUGAUCUUGGGUUUAAUACCCUGUUAAUUUGAUAAAAACUCACCUUCCCUGCGGCUAUCCUUCUCCUGUCUCUGUAAUUUUACUUUUUUUUUUUUAUUAUUAUUUUUAUUUUAUAUAAAUAUAUAUAAUUUGAACUGUUUAAAAAAAGAAAACACAAAAAAACUAAAAUCCUUUGUGCCAUAAGCUCUGUUUCUUUUAUCCUUCACAUCUCUCCUUUGUCGUCUCCCUUUUUUUAGAUAGAGGCCUGUCCCAGUCCCUCCCAUAUUCUGAGCAACAGGCACAGAAGUCUGUGUUGUAACUGAUUUCAUGCAAUAAAGUCUUUUUUUUUAUUAUAUUUUCAUUUCAUUUUACUUUUGCUGCAUAUAUGAAAAACAAUAUAUUUAUGUUGGUUUUGACCCCUUUGCCUUUGUUGUCCACCUUUUAACUCCCACCCAUCGUCCUCUGUAAUAUCCUGCAGGAGGUUGCUCGCUCUCCAGCUGUGGAAAUGGUGAAGGGUGUGGGGAUUGACUCUUUGGCAAUAUCAGGGGCCAUGUAAGAUUGUGGGGGCUAUACUUGUUCAGUAUUUGCAAAGUGAAGAAGGGGUUUAUGUGAUGCUCUGCAGGGAUGGAGAUCUCUGACCAACACUUAAAGGGUAAAUAUGGAAGACUGUACAGAACAGAUGCGUUUAAUACAGUAAAUCUAUCAGAACGCUACACUUGAUCAGUGUAAAGUAGUUUUGUUUUGCACUGUAUUGCUCUGAAUAUUUAUUGUGAGGAAACGAGAAGAAAAUCUCCAUUCAUCUGCCAAGUACUCUGGGAUAACUGGGAGAUUUCUACUGCUAGAGUUGAUGGGCUUUUCUUUGUAUGAUGAGCCUCCAUGCUAUUUAUGCCUACUAAGCAGUGUUCCAACCAUCUAUUGGACACCUUUUUCUAAUUGCCUUACUGCCCUCUUGUGGCUGCAUUGUAAUAUUUCUCCAGUUACGUGAUCAUUCGAUUUUAGGAGACUACUUAAAACUUCAUCUGCCAAGUGUUUUGUUUAAUUUUUUGUUUUAUUUACCUGCAAUCUAUUUUUUACUGACACCUCAAAUACAAAACAAGUCAUAUCACUAACAAAGGAUGUUAAACAUUACACGUAUUAAAAUUAAUCAAUAUUUGUUAGAGCUCUUGCUCAGUUAAAUGGGAAACUCAUCUAAAAGCGACUUUCUUCAUAAAGAGACUCAAUCGAGCAAGUAUUCUGAUUCAUUUUCAGUAAUGGCUCCUAUUUCUAUACAUGUUCAGAAAACAUGAUGGUAUUUGCAGAAUAACCUGUGUACUUUAUUUUGCCUAUUUUUCAGUAAAAUAAGUCAAAGCAAACUGUGCUUUGUAAAUGGUUUAUAUUCAGUUUUAUUCAUUUCAAAUUUUUAUUAAAAAAUACCAGUUAAAAAUCUUAUUUAGUCUACAACAAAUACAUAUGUAAUAUAACAAGGUCAGUAUUGUUCUGCUUGGCAGAAUGUUAUAAUAGGUGAUCUUACAAGUUAAUGUGUCUUAAAAAUGUUCCUCUAUAGAUGUAGCCAUAGAAUUACCACCAUUGUAGAGAUGUUCGUUAUAUUGGCUCUGGGUCAUUUGGUUGUAUAGGUAAAGGGCAGUGUGCAAAUUGUGUUUAUAAACUAUUAUAUAUGUCUGACCUCAUUUGCUCAGGGCUGUUCGAGGCCCAUAAUACGUAAAACAAUUUUGCAGUAGCUACUAAGUGUUACUGCCUAUUUUUGGGUUUUAUUGACUUAUAAUUUUUUUUUAUAUUUUCAUUUGCCUGUAAUAUAGUUAUAAACAUGCAUUUUUUUUUUUAAAUUGCUCCUUUUUUUCCUGCCUGAUUAGACAAAUAUUUGGUUAUGUGAUUUUAAGUUAUUUUUAUAAUUUCUUUAAACAAAGCUAUAACAAUGUAAAUAUAUAUUUUUCUUUUCUAAGCCGCUGAAACAUUACUGGUACACCUAUUGAUUUGCCUAUAAAUGUGUUAUGCCCCAAACUACCCCCUCCCCCUCCCC